AUGGCCAAGGAGGAAGAGGUAUUUGACUUUUCUUCUGAAGAAUUUACCAAUGAAGAUUUGGUCACUGCUCUCAAUGACAUGAUCAUUGAGUUCAAGAACAUAUUUUCCCUUAUACCAAUCCGAUUGAACGUCCAUACUGAUCAACCGAGCAACUUCCAAAUCGGUGAAUCAAGUGGAACCAAGACCGAUGAACUGGUUGAACUAUCCUAUGAGAACGAGAAGCUCAAGGAAACAGUUCAAUCGCUAACCGAAGAAAAUGAAAGAUCUAAGUACGUCCUGGCUGCUUGGAAGAAAUCCAAUGAAGCCGUGAACCAGAUGUCUACCUACCAAAGACAUCCCAAAUGCAAGUUUGGCCUUGGAUACAAAGGUGGCAAAUCGGCUAACCGGACACAUUCCAAAGAGUUGAACCUCAACAAGAACAAGAUUUCGUUCAUAAGCUUCAUUAAGAGCAGUUCAACCGAUACUGAGGCAGAUCAUGAAAUACCACUAACUAAAGAAAUUAAGUAUGUAAGUCCAACCGACACGGCUAAAUGGCUUCAUCUUGAGAGAAGGAAAGUUAAUCGGUCGGUAAGAAACGAAACCGACAGACGCUCAUAUAGAACAAAUCAACAUUCACCAACACGACGAUACAAUGAAACACCAAUUGGCAGACAGAGAGAUGUCAAGCCACAUUCAGGAGAACAAGCGGCUAGGGAACUCGGAAUGGUAUUUAGACAAUGGUUGCUCCAGACACAUGACCGGAAACAAGGAAUGCCUAACAUGAAAUUUGCAAAAGACAAAUCCGAUAUAGGCAUAAUGCUGAGAUAUUCAGUAGUUAGUAAGGCAUAUAGGGUAUACAAUACUAGGACAUUAAAUGUUGAAGAAUCUUCGCAUGUUGUUUUUGAUGAAUCGGUUGAAAGCAAUACUGCUUCAUUCUUCGAUCUACAUAAUUGGUUGGAAAACAUGAAUAUACAACCCGAUGAUGAAGAUGAGGUUCCUGUCUUUAGAAGGUUUGUCUAUGAUCAAGCUGCUCCACAACAGGAAGGUGACACCUCAGUGUCCACUGAGGAAAUCAGUCGGCCUGACUCUGAUCAGCCUACCGAUCUGUCUAACCUUGAUCAGAUAACCGGUCACUUGGAAGACAUAACCGAACCGAACCGUAAAGAAAUAAAGAUCAUCCUCCUUAGGUUGCAAGAUAGACCGAAAAAGUAUCAGCGGUACAUGCCAAUUAUUGGGAGACCGACUUUUUUCCUGGUACAACAAGAAACAAACUUCAGUCGCUACUUCAACCGUAGAGGCAGAAUAUCUUGCAUCCGGAAGCUACUAUGCUCAACUCCUCUAGAUUCAACAGCAAUUGAAGAAUUUCAGAGUAAUUGCUGA